AUGGCCAUUCUGAGCAAUGAUGGGCACGGGAAAGGGGGAAGUCACGCUGAGUACAGAGAGCACAAGGUCCUGUCCAUGGGCUUUAAAGCCUGGUUGGCCAUCAACACCCUGAAAGCGAGAGCACUUGGUGGCCAGUGUUGGAUUUGUUCUCCGAGGUGGGGAUUCACUGCUUGCAGAUCCUCGGUCAAAGGACCAACUGCGCUCGUCGAUCGCAUAACGGUCGGUCCUCCCGGCGCCGAGCCAGGGUGGCGCUGGUUGGGGGACUGA